UUUCACAAGUAAUUGAUUGAACACCUUAGAUUAUUUCGUAUUAGAUUACUUCGAAUCGAUAAAGAAAUCACUAGAAAGCAAUAGAAAUGUUACUUUCAGGGAAAACUCCAACCAUCAGAAACGAUGUUUACAAAAUGAAAGCAGUUGCAUUAUGGGAGAACAAUGAUUGACACGGCAGCCAUUUUCCUACGGGGCGCCCUGUUCCCAUUGUGUGAGAGAUAGUAAAUACUGACACUGCUAGAAAACCAUAACAUUUAUUUCCUUGCGAAAAAACGUUUAUAUUCACGUCAGGUGAUCACUAACUCGUCAUGGCUCGUACCAAGCAGACCGCCCGUAAAUCCACUGGAGGAAAGGCUCCACGUAAGCAGCUGGCCACCAAGGCUGCCCGCAAGAGUGCACCGUCUACUGGUGGGGUCAAGAAGCCCCAUCGUUACAGGCCCGGCACCGUGGCCCUGCGUGAGAUCCGUCGGUACCAGAAGUCCACUGAGCUGCUGAUCCGCAAGCUACCCUUCCAGCGCCUGGUGAGGGAGAUCGCUCAGGACUUCAAAACCGACCUGCGCUUCCAGAGUGCAGCGAUCGGAGCCCUGCAGGAGGCCAGCGAGGCAUACCUGGUGGGUCUGUUUGAGGACACCAACCUGUGUGCCAUCCAUGCCAAGCGUGUCACCAUCAUGCCCAAAGACAUCCAGCUGGCACGUCGCAUCCGCGGGGAGCGUGCUUAACCCGCCCUCCUUUCCUUUUUCUCUUUAAUGUUUCACCUCUAUUCUCUUUGUUUCUUUAUCUCUCACCGUCCUCACUCCCUCAUUCGCCCCGCCCUUCCAUCUCACCCCCCAGCCCCCCUCUCCCUGUUUUCUUCUUGGUAGACUUUAGAGUAACCGUGAUUAUGAUGAGAGAAACGUAUUGAAAAGUCUCGUCUCUCAUAGUUUUUGUCUUCAGCAGAUGUUUUAGGGUACCUUUUUCGUGCAUGUAGUAGGUGUCGCUGAUCAGACACACACACACACACAGGUUUGUGCGUCCUCAGCUCUCAUAAAAUAAAACUCACUCACAUGCACAGGUGGGCAGACCAGAAGGGCGUCGCCCGGGGGCUAGUCUGCUUAAGGGGAGUGGCAACUUCCACAGCAGGGUGCUACUAAAACUAACCCCAGGGCUGUUGGUGUGUGGGUGUGUGAGCGAGCUCUGAUCAGCCAAGCAAAUUGUAUUCAACAGCAAACAAGUAUCAUCUUGGUUACUUAAAAAUAAUUGAUGAUUACUAUCAUUGUGGAUAUUGUCUAUUUUUUUUAAUAUAUAUAUAAUUCAUACAUAUACACCUUUUCUUUUGACUACUGCCAGAGACAUCAAAAUAAUAAUAAGAAGAAAAAACGAAGUGAUUGACGUUUGGCAAACUUCUGUUUUUACAGAAUUAUUUUUAAACCAAUCAGAAAGAGCUUCUCAGUUUCAUAAGAGCUACUGUUCCAAUGGCAGCCACAUGGGGGUGAUAUAUACCAGCCCCCCUCCUAUUUAGCUUUUUCUCACUAUUAUCUGUCAUUUUCCAUGAUACUACUCUCAAUCUCUUUACCCUAUCUCCUUCUCUUAAGGUUAGUUGUGUUCGGCAUUAGAGUUGUUACACCAGUAUGAGUUGACUUUGUAGUAGCGAGAGUUACUCUUCAAGUUUGGGUUAUUUUCUGACUUUCUCUCACUUCCUUUGUAUACUGAACAAAAAUAUAAACUUAACAUGCAACAAUUUCAACGAUUUUACAGUGUUACAGCUCAUACAAGGAAAUCAGUCAAUUGAAAUCAGUUCAUUAGGCCCUAAUCUAUGGAUUUCACAUGACUGGGGCGGGUCGCAGCCCUGAGAGGGCAUAGAUCCACUUGGGAGCCAGGUCCACCCACUGGAGAGCCAGGCCCAGCCAAUCAGAAUUUGUUUUUCCCCACAAAAGGGCUUUAUUACAGACAUAAAUACUGUUUCAUCAGCUGUCCGGGUGGCUAGUCUCAGACAAUCCCACAGGUGAAGAAGCUGGAUGUGGAGGUCCUGGGCUGGUGUGGUUACACAAGGUCUGUGGCUGUGGGGCCGUUUGGACGUACUGCCAAAUUCUCUAAAACGACAUUGGAUGCGGCUUAUAGUAGAAAAACUAGCAUUCCAUUUUAUAGCAACAGCUCUUGUGGACAUUGCUGAAGUCAGAAUGCCAAUUGCACGCUCAACUUGAGACAUCUGUGGCAUUGUGUUGUGUGACAAAAUCCCACAUUUUAGAAUGGCCUUUUAUUGCGCUGUGUAAUGAUCAUGCUGUUUAAUCAGCUUCUUGAUAUGCCACGCCUGUCAGGUAGAUGGGGCAGCAGCGUAGCCUAGUGGGUACAGUGUUGGACUAGUAACCGAAAGGUUGCAAGUUCAAAUCCCCAAGCUGACAAGGUACAGAUCUGUUGUUCUGCCCCUGAACAAGGCAGUUAACCCACUAGGCUGUCAUUGAAAAUAAGAAUUUGUUCUUAACUGACUUGCCUAGUAAAAUAAAAAAAUAUCUUGGCAGAAGAGAAAUGCUCACUAACAGGGAUGUAAACAAAUUUGUGCACACAAUUUGAGAGACAAGUUCUUUGUGCAUAUGAACAUUUCUGGGAUCUUUUAUUUCAGCUCAUGAAACACUACAUGUUGCCUUUAUAUUUUUGUUCAUUAAAGAUCUGACCAUAGAAUCUGUCAGUUUCCUCAAUUUGUGAUAAGCAAUAUAACCUCAUGUUUGUUUUCUUAUAUUUGUUCUUAUUCCUCAAGAUUUUCAGAUGUUUAAGCUGAUCUUUGUAUUUUCCAAAUUCCUCAUAUUAUGGUGGUAAUAAAUAGAUGUUACACAAAGUA